AAGAAACCAAAAACAUUUACGAACAACAAUUCUCUCUCUCUCUCUCUCCUAUUUAUAAAUUCUCACCAUCCUUUCUUCUCUCUGCGGGUUCUCGUCUUCAGAAUAGUAAUCUGAUAUAGCUUUUCUAUCUCUUGAGUGUUUACAAAUAACCAAAAGUUAGGGUUUUGUUCAUUACGAAUUGGAACGAAGAAACACUCACCUCCAUAAACAAAGGUGGAUAUGUACCGACCUAUCGAUCUCAAUCUCUUUAGGUUACUUUUGUUUUGCGAUUGUGUUUGCUUUGAUGUGAAAUUAGGGUUGGGUUCUGGGUCUGUGUGUAUCAAAUACGUUUGUGGGUGAGGAAGACCAAUGACAGGUUUAAAAAAUGGUUGAUUGUAUGUGGUCUAAGUGAGUUUGGUGGUUGGGUGGAUAGGGGAUAGCGGGUAUAAGAUGACAGAUGUUCAAUUGCAACAUAAGCCUGAGAGUGCCACGGAUCCCCGGUCCGAAUUCGAGCGGGGAUUGGAGGAACUAAUGCGCGGGCAUUUGGACGAUUGUAUGUCAUUUGAGUCGUGUAGCACUCCGCGUAGUAGUGAGGUUGAGGAUGAGGAAGGUGAUCAGCUUGUGAGGAGGCGGAGGAGGUCGGAUAUUGAGGACGACGAUCUGGCAGAGUCUUCUGUUGCCCGGAGGCACCACUCGCGCAUCUUGGGCAGGUGGGCUGCCCGACGGGCGCAGGAGAUGAUUACCACGAUUGAGAGGAGGAAUAGAGAGUCAGAGUUGAUGGCACUCGCGGGUUUGCACACGGUUUCUAUGCUCGAUUCAUCCUUCUUGAGGGAGUCACAUAGUCCAACUUCAAGAAGGCAAGGCAAUGUCGAGGGACUGAGCACUAGGUCAUCGUCUAUUCUGCAAAUGUGGCGGGAGUUAGAGGAUGAGCACUUGUUGAGUCAUGCUAGGGAGAGAGUGAGAGACAGAGUGAGGCAUCAUAGGAGUAGCGACGAGUCGAAUACAAAUCUCCUGAGUUCGAAUAUAUCUGAAAGUAGGGGCAGUGAGACUCGGGGUAGUUUGGAUGAUGCCAGUGAAAGUGAGAACGAGUAUGCAACUUGGUCCCACGAUCACAUGAUGUUACAAAAUGGAAACGGGGACCUUGAGAGUUCUAGCCGCGAGCAAUCUCCUGACCUUGGUGACGGCGAGAGGGAGAGGGUCAGGCAUAUUGUUCGUGGAUGGAUGGAUAGUGGCAGUAGUGAUCGUUCGUCUAAUGUUGCUCAGAGGAGCAAUAGUCCAAGAGCAGAGUGGCUUGGUGAAACUGAACGUGAAAGGGUUAGGAUUGUGAGAGAGAGGGUGCAAAUGAAUAGUCAACAGAGAGAAGCGCGUGGUGGUAGAAGGGAUGAACAUGUUGCUGGAGUAAGUCAUCAAGUUGACCAAAUCCGCGAUGGGCCGAGGUUGCGGGGAAGACAAGCUCUAGUUGAUUUGCUUGUGAGGGUUGAGAGGGAAAGGCAGAGGGAACUUCAGGGUUUGUUGGAGCAUCGGGCUGUUUCCGAAUUUGCCCAUCGCAACCGCAUUCAGUCAUUGCUCCGAGGCAGAUUCUUGCGAAAUGGAAGUACAGUUGGGGAUGAGAGACCACCUUCAACGGCAGCAAGUGAGUUGGUUCAGCUUAGACAGCGGCAUACCGUUUCUGGUCUAAGGAAUGAUCAGAUCCAUUCAAACACCCGACAGGAGGUCCAACUUGAAAUCCACGAGCACUCACAACCAAGGAGUCAGGAAAAUGACCAACAGUUUUCGGAUCCUGCAGCAAAUUCUGAAAACUCAAUUGGUGAGAACAUUGAUUGGCAAGGAACUGUUAAUCACGAAGGCGAUUGGCGGGAACAAGGUGCUGAAGAUGAGAGAGGAAACUGGCAACAUUUUAAUGACUGGAGAGAUGGCUCUACAGGAGAUACGGAUGGAAACUGGCAGGAAAGUCCAGUUAACGAUUGGCCCCAGGGAACUCCAGGAAAUGAAAGUGUAGAUGAUCAUCCGCAUGAAAUCCAGGAGGAUUGGAACGAAAAUGGUGUGAGAGAAGAUGUGGAAAAUUGGUCUGAAGCGCCUUCUGAACCCCCAAGAAUGCGCCGUUUCAUCCAAGUCAGAAGAGUCAGUAGAUUCCUCCCACCUGAUGAUGAUAACGUUUAUAGUAUGGAACUCAGGGAACUUCUGAGCAGGAGAAGUGUCUCUAAUCUUCUUCGUAGUGGUUUCCGUGAGAGUUUGGACCAAUUAAUACGAUCAUAUGUCGAAAGGCAAACCAGUGCUCCUAUCGACUGGGAUAUGGACGGGAACUCACCCACUCCCUCUCCUCCUUCACCAGAGAGGGAUCAGGAGCAACCAAGCGAUGAGCAGAACGGGGAUCAGAAUGGCAGACCUUCACUGGUGCUACCAUCUCCACCAGUGCCCCCUCCGCAGCCUCUUUGGCACCAGCAUUUGCAUCAUUCGAGUUGGUCUCGACAUAGCAUGCAUCGCUCGGAACUUCAGGAGUGGGAGAUGAUUACUGAUCUAAGGGCAGACAUGGCAAGGCUUCAACAAGGAAUGACCCACAUGCAAAGGAUGUUAGAGGCCUGCAUGGACAUGCAAUUGGAGUUGCAACGCUCAGUAAGACAGGAAGUCUCUGCAGCUCUAAACCAGUCAGCUGGUGGACAGGGGAUGGCAGAGACAUCCGAGGAUGGAUCUAAAUGGAGUCAUGUUAGGAAAGGAACAUGCUGUGUUUGUUGUGAUACCCAUAUUGAUUCUCUACUGUACAGAUGUGGGCACAUGUGCACUUGUUCAAAAUGCGCCAACGAGCUGGUUCGUGGUGGAGGGAAGUGUCCAUUGUGCCGGGCGCCAAUUAUUGAGGUUAUCCGAGCUUACUCCAUACUGUAAAAAGGAAAAACCUUAAAAGUACAGAAUAAACAGUUGAAAAGAAUUGAGUGAGAAGAUUAAGGGGCAGUCAUCGCAUGUCCCUUAUAUCUUGAGAGCUCCUCAUGUUCUUGUAGUUAGUUGUAGUUUCUAGUCUGCUGCUGUAUUUUUCUGAUUAUAUAGGGAAUGCAUUUGCAUUGUGUAAUUGGAUUCAGGCAUGGCGCCUUUUCGUUUAGUCAUUCAUUUGUUCAAUAAAAUUAUUUUCGCAUAUUCAA